UUUAGCUUCUAACUUGGUAUCAGCAGACCAGGUACUCUUCACCAAACAACAAUGACUUCCCCCACCUCCAAACCCCCCCCCCCCCCUUUCAUCCCGCUCUCACAGUCUCGAAUAUCAAGAAUUUCAUACCAAUCACUCUUGAUCUUGAGACUGUUGAGUAUUCUUCUUGGUGUGAGCUUUUUAAAAUUACAGCACGGGCCUAUCAAGUCAUAGAUCACAUUCUUCCCACCCCAAUUGAUGAGGCCUCUUCUUCGGCCACGCCUCCCGCCACCACCCCGGUUGGACAAGAAGUCGCUCGUGGUGAAGCUUUGGCUCUCUGGACCCGACUUGAUUCCAUUGUCCUACAAUGGAUUUACGGUACUAUUUCCACCGACCUCCUGCACACCAUUAUUGAACCCGACAGUACCGCCCAACACGCUAGGGACCGUCUUUCUGAAAUUUUUCAAGAUAACAAAGCCUCUCGUGCUGUACAUCUUGAAAAUCAAUUCUCCAAUACCCGGUUGGAGCAAUUUCCCAACGUCACUUCCUACUGUCGGGCCCUCAAAACCAUCGCCGAUCAACUCGCCAAUGUAGACGCUGAGGUUGACGAACGCCGCUUGGUUCUUCGUAUGGUUAACGGACUGCCAGAACAGUACGAUACAAUUGCUACUUUCAUUCAGCAAGCCAAUCCUCUCCCACCCUUUCACACGGCCCGCUCCAUGCUUCGUCUUGAAGAAACCCGCAAGACCACACAUGCUAAUUCCCCAGCCACAGCACUUGUUCACACCGGCAAUCCACCGCCUCCACCACCUCCUGACGUCCGUGCUCCUCGCGGCCGCUCUAACACUCGUGGUGGUCGUGGCCGGUCCUCUUCACGUGGCGGCCGGGGGCGUGGUCGCUCUGACCCACAGCCCACUGCCGGUCCUCAAUGGCCCUUUGCACCUCCACCGUGGGCCUAUUGGAUGCCACCUACACCCUGGAAUACUCCUCCUUGUCCCUAUCCCACAACGGCAUGGCCUGGACAGUCCUCCCCACGGCCAAAUUCUGGUGCGGGCAUCUUGGGCCCCCGCCCACAGCAAGCCCACUUCACUGCUUCUACGAACCCGGGUCUGGUUCCUACUGAUCUACACACAGCCAUGCAGACCAUGUCUUUAGCACCCCCGGAUGACCAAUGGUAUAUGGACACAGGCGCCACUUCACACAUGACGGCAAAUCCAGGAUCUCAGUACGGGCACACAACUCAUGAGGUGCAAUAGCUCCGGCCAUUUAUAUCCCGUUCUUCCCAGUCAAUCCCAUCGGCAUCCUUGUGCGCUACUCUCAGCUGCAGUUUGGCAUAAUCGAUUGGGUCACCCUUAGUUAGAAGCUAAAGGAAUACACCGUGUGUAUUAUUCAAUCAUGCGUACCAUUUAAAUAUGGUGCAUGCCUUUACAAUCGUUGGUUAUUCGAGUUUAUCUCAAAUUAACCGAACUCCUAUAUUAUCUCAAAGGCUUCCGUAUACAUUGAACUUGGACAGCCAAUAAGUAUAAUCUAAUAUACAUCAUAAUAGAUAAUACAAAUGAUUUACAUACGGAUAAUACCAAAGUAUAAUGAUAAGGCUAGGAGACCUUUGCUACUUUAUGAUGACC